AUGGAGACGCCGAUCGCUGCCUUCCACUGCAGGCUUUGCGACAUUCCGCUGGCAACGUCUGCUGAGUUUCGCCAGCACGCGAAAAGCGAGUCGCAUGUCUACAAACUACAGUGUCGCGUGGCGACUCCAGGAACAGCCGUCUUGCCGCCUAGAGACCGUAGUGCCCGGGCGCACGGCGUUGUCGACGCCGAGGAACCAUCUUCGCCCGAGGACGAAUCUGAUGAAGAUCAGGCUGCGAGUGAUGGGGGUGAUACGGAAGACGAAGGCUCAGCGCCACCGUUUGAUCCGCAGCAAUGCCUGUUCUGUGGAGAUGAGAGCGACGCAUUCGACAGCAACGUCGCCCACAUGAAUUCCGUGCAUAGCUUCAUCGUCCCGUAUCAGGAUUGCCUAGCCGUCGAUCUAGAAACGUUGAUCUGGUAUCUACAUCUCGUCAUUUAUGGAUACCGCGAAUGCAUAUUGUGUUCAACACGCCGCAGCACCAUCGAGGGCAUUCAGCAGCACAUGACUGCGAAGGGUCACUGCCGAUUCGACAUCUCUGCAGGUACGGAAGAUUUCUACGAGCUCCCGGAGUCGCAAUAUGAGAAUUUAGCGGGACGCGCGCGGCCAGACGAAGCGUCCCUACGGCUGCCAUCGGGCAAGCUGCUCAGUCACAGAACGUUGCGCGAGGCGCCAGUCCGGUCGCGGCCUGCCCAACAAGCACCAUCCGACAGGCCAGGAAAUGCACAGAUUGGCUCGGUGCAGUCAAGAAGAAUAGGCCAGGAAAUCGCUACCAGAGACGGUUCAGACUCGGCCAUCCUCGCCGCCCGGCUUUCACAGUUGAGUGUGCGAGACCAAAACACUCUGGCCCUCCUGCCCAGCCAUGAGAUCCGGUCAGUACUGGCGACGAAGAGGAAGCAGCUAGACCAGGCAAGAAGAGAUGAAACAAAGGCUAGAAGAAGGGUGGAGAGACUCGGCAACAAGACACUGAUGAAGCAUUUCAAGCCUGACGUGCCAGGAAGGUCAAACGGCUAG